CCAACAAAGACAAUAUAUAAACCCUUUCACUCUUCUCAAUUCCAACUUUUUCAUUCUCAUUCAUUCAUUCAAUUCACCAAAUUUAUUAACACAAACUCUCUCUCAAUCCCUUUUUCUUCGCAACCACAUCUUCAUCUCUCUCUCUCUCUCUCUCUCUCUCUCUCUCUCUCUCUCUCUCUCAUCAUGGACGACGAUAACUGGGUCGAAACAGCCAUGGCUGACGACACAAUCGUCGCUAACUUUCUCCUUUCCUUCACAAAAAAACCUUCAUCUCCUCUUUAUCCACCGUUUACCGUUCACUGGAACGUUCAAAAACCACGUUCAAAGCUACGACGGAAUCACGCCGUGAAGUUCACUAGAGCAAGUCCUACAACUCCUCUUUCUUGGUCCGCCGCUAAUUCCGCUAGUACCGCCACCGCUAACACCGCCGUAACCCUCGCCGAUGGUAAUGAAGCAUCAUCCAGUCGGUUCAUCAAAUCGGUUCAUUCUUCAAGAUCUAAGGUUGAUGAACAAACUGAAGCCACUGCCUACAAAAAGAUGAUAAGAAAGAAAAGGUCUCUGCCUGAACUACUUGAGGAAGAGAAGAUGCUUCUGCAAGAAAGGGGAAAUUUGAAAGAUAAACUGGCAUCCAUGAAUUUCACAGUUGAGAGAGAAAGAGCCAAAAAUGAAAGCUUAAAGAAGAUUAAGCUUGAUUUGGUGUCACAGAAGGCCACAAAAGAAGCCAGAACCUCUCUGGUGACUGGAAAAGCUAUUGUUGUUGACGAAUCAAAACAUCUGGACGCAACCUGCAGUUCAUCUACAUUAGUUCAGUCUCAAACAGUUCAAGAGAAGGAAUCAUUUGUCAUUACAAUGAAUGCUUCAUCAUCCUCAUCGCAACAAGAUGUUAAUAACCGAGGAUUCUUGCUGCCUGACCUAAAUCUACCUCUAGAGGAGGGGUUCAACUUCUCUUAGAUAAGCUUAUUAACCGAGUCUGUGUAGAUCUCAAUCGUUGCUUGCAAUAUGCCUUUUAAGAUCUAAUGCAUUGGUACCAAGUACUAACCUUAGAUUAUGCUAAUGUAAUUGUUGGUGGUAAGCCAUUUUGCUUCCCUAACAUGGUCAAAAUCACAAAGUUAUUAUUUUAAAUUCAUGGUGGUACUGAGGGAAGUGUUAGUGUAGUCACUAGCCAGUAGAGAUCCUUGCAACAUCAGCUAUAGUUUAAUUUCUUUUUCCUUUCAUGGUUUCUAUUUUGUUCAAAGAUUCUUUUUGGGAAACCCCUCAACAUUUUUCCUCCUUUACCAUAGAGAAUAUUUACAUGUAAAUGUAAUUACAUGGUCUACAAUUAAGAUAAUAUGAGAUUCUGGUUCUUUUAGCA